GCUUCUGUUUGGUCCGACAGUGAAACUGUUCCGUGCGUGUACUUGCUUUUGGUAACAAAGGUUCCUGAGGGUUUUAGUGCUCUGUGUUCUGACAGUGGCUGGAGAGUACAGUUGGUGCUGACAUGACCCAGUCUGUUGUAGUGCAAGUUGGGCAAUGUGGCAAUCAGAUUGGCUGCAGAUUCUGGGACCUGGCAUUGAGGGAGCAUGCAGCUGUCAACAAGAAAGGAAUUUAUGAUGAUGCACUAUGCAGCUUCUUUAGAAAUGUUGAUACAAGAGCUGAAGCUGGCAGUGCAGAUAUUCAGAAAGGCAAAAUCUGCUCACUUAAAGCCAGAGCUGUAUUAAUAGAUAUGGAAGAAGGAGUAGUGAAUGAGGUGCUACAGGGACCUCUCCGUGACUUGUUUGACAGUAAACAGUUAAUUACAGAUGUUUCUGGUUCUGGAAACAACUGGGCUGUUGGAAAUAAACUCUAUGGUGGUCAGUAUCGUGAGCAAAUAGUUGAAAAUCUGAGGAGGACAGCUGAACACUGCGAUUGUCUUCAGUGUUUCUUUGUUAUCCAUUCCAUGGGAGGAGGUACAGGGUCUGGUUUAGGUACAUUUGUGUUGAAUGUACUUGAAGAGGAAUUUCCAGAGGUCUAUAGAUUUGUGACUUCUGUAUACCCAUCUGCAGAAGAUGAUGUCAUCACAUCUCCCUACAACAGUGUUUUGGCCAUGAGAGAACUUACUGAACAUGCAGACUGUGUGCUACCAAUAGAAAAUCAGUCACUAGUGGACAUCGUGAAAAAAAUUCAGCAAAUGGCAAACUCUGGAAAACUUGGAACUUUUAAGCAAAAUAGUCUUGUGACUUCUAGCAAAGGUGGUGUCAAUGAGGGUGAGAAGCCAUUUGAUGCAAUGAACAACAUUGUGGCUAACCUACUCCUAAAUUUAACAAGUUCUGCCAGAUUUGAAGGGUCGCUUAACAUGGAUCUAAAUGAAAUAAGCAUGAAUUUAGUUCCUUUCCCUCAACUUCAUUACCUGACAUCAAGCCUGACUCCUCUUUAUACACUGGCUGAUGUUAAUGUGCCUACUCGAAGGUUGGACCAGAUGUUUUCUGAUGCUUUCAGUAAAGAUCACCAAUUGAUCCAUGCUGACCCAAAACAUAACCUCUACCUUGCAUGUGCAUUAAUGGUGCGAGGAAAUGUCCAGAUAUCCGACCUUCGCAGGAACAUUGAAAGGUUGAAACCAUCUCUGCAAUUUGUGUCCUGGAAUCAAGAAGGUUGGAAGACUGGUCUGUGUUCAGUUCCUCCUGUGGGCCAUACCCAUUCUUUAUUGGCACUGGCAAAUAACACCUGUGUGAAGCCUACUUUUAUAGAACUUCGAGACAGGUUCAAUAAGCUGUACAGGAAGAAGGCCCACCUUCACCAUUACCUACAAGUGGACGGAAUGGAACAAAGCUGUUUUAGCCAAGCUCUUUCUUCUUUGUCAACUCUUAUAGAGGAAUACCACCAGCUUGAUGCCACCAAAGGGAUGCCAAACCAAGUUCCUCCUAGACUGAACAUAGCUGUAUGACAUUGUCUAACUUUUGUCAACCGAGUACUUUUAUAAGAAAUAAUAUUUGAUCAAUACAGAUGGAAAACAAAUUAGCCUAAUCCUGUGUUUCCAUCUGCCAUUUAUGUCACUUGAGUACAUAUCAACUACAAGAUAUGUCUCACAAGCACUGGCCUAUUCACAUACAAUUCAUAAUGUAUAAACCAGGUUUGAGACAAAAGAACAAACAAUACAGUACAAUUAUGAUGUCUAUUGAACUUUAA